AUGGGGCAUUUGAAUAACUAUAAACAGUUGGUAGUUGGUGAUGCUACCAAGCAACGAAUUGCAGAACGGCUACGUAAUUUACAGCUAGAUGAUGACAUUUUGGAUAAGCAUUUAGAAUGGCUUAAUCUUCCUGGAAUUUACGGAUUGGAUCACUUUGUCCUCUCUCUUGACAAGAAUACAGACAAUAAUGUGUUGAUCCCAAUACCAUCCAAAAAAGCUACUACAAGCCGACUUUGCGGAACAAAAUUAGUUGAGGCCAUCGUGAAACUUUGCAAUGGUUGUGUGAAACCAGCGGGUGCUAAAGCUGUCAGCGUUAAAAGAUGGCUUCGAAAUCGAAGCAAUUUUGCAUCAUCAUUGUCCUAG